CGAAGAAACAUCACUAUGCUCGCUCUCCUCGGUCUUGGUUUCAUGUGUUGCAGAGUGCAAGUCAUUAGAUAGGCUAUCUGUCUUUCAAACUAGAAUUAGCCGUGCACUUUUCCCCGGUAAAUGUUUGUUUAGUUGCAUAUAGAUAUAUGAGAACAAGGAAAUAGAACUCAAGGAAUUACUAUUUUUUUUUCCAACAACACAAAAUAAAGAGGAUGCAACAGGUUUUAUACUUUAUAUAAAUGUCUUUUGUAUAAACCCUGUUUAGUUUUGACACAUUAUUUUGAAAAUCGGACGUAGUUAAAUGUGGAUCAUUGUGCUAACGUCACCACGGUCAUCGCCACUUGAUGAAUUAUACACAAUAUUGUACCGUAUGUGACGGACCAGGUUCUCAUUAAGAUAUCCCGGCUUUCUUCAGUUUGACAACGGAAAUGCGAGUGACGGCUGGUGUGACCGCAGUGAUGCUGCUGCUUAACGUGCAGCUGAGCAGCUAAUUUUAUCCUGCGAACUGAUUAUAGCGCAGUAAAUGUCCGAUAGCUCAUGCAGCUACGUGGAAGACAAGACGUGUGUUCAUGUUUGAUAGAUAGAUAGAUAGAUAGAUAGAUAGAUAGAUAGAUAGAUAGAUAAAAAGAAAGGGGAUCUUAUGAGGAGGAAAGCUACAGAGUCUUCUGCCUGUGUAUACAUAACUGUAAUUUCACUUCCAUUUUUUGGGGAAGAAGAAAUGCAAGUUGAAAACAUGUUGAAACAUGGAGCAACUGUCAUUCUAGUCACACCAUGUGGGCUAAUGCAUGCUUGAGAUUUUGUUUCCCAUGUGUGAUUUCAACAGAGGACAAAAGAAUAUUUCAGUGUAGGCAUUUCCUACAGCACGCUUGUGUUUGCAAGGAGAAGUGUGACACCUCAUUUCCUGUCUCUGAGUCCUCCACCUAACCGCCACCCAUGUAAAGCCUUGUUCUGGAUGACAAAGGAAUAUGGAGCAAGUUGUAAUUCUUCUGUUGAUGUUAGCAAGUGUAACUCAUGUUGCUGAGACUAAAUGUAGUCAUACUCAGAACACAACUCUGUGCUCUGUUCCUCCUGGAGAACCUGUGUUUGUCCAAGUGAUAAGCAAUGCAAGCAACUAUCAAGUGCGGUGUAAUAAACAGCUUCCCAGUGGAUCCAUACAGGUCUUUGUUCUGAAGAAAGAAAAGGUGACGAUAUAUGAACCAUUUAGAAACAGAACAGAGUUUUUCAUCAACAACGGGACAUUCAAGAUGACAAACUUGGAGAGGAAUGAUUCGGGUCAGUACAUCGUAGAGGUCUUUGAUCCAAAUGGUUUCUUCGUGAAAGAAAUGAAUAUUCAACUGAAUGUUCAAGAACAAACUUUUUCCUUCCUGAUCCCAGUCUGUGCUGGAGCAGGUGCUCUACUGCUCCUGAUGCUGGUUCUUGUUUCGUGCUGUGUGUGCAGGCAUCGCAAGAAGUCAGGUUCACGUAUAUAACUGAGAAUAAGCAUCUGCAUUAUGAGUCUGGAUUUUAAUUAACUCCCCUGUGGACAGUUAUCAUCAGUGGAUACUGAUCUAAAGUCACCAUGAACCAACAGCAAGCAGGGAUUUUAGUAUUUACAUAGGAGCUGGAACAGAAUGGAGUUUUCCCUUUGCAUCUGAAAAAGAUUUUGAGAAAGACUGGUCAGUGUAGGACGUACAUGUUUGCUUUUGGGUGAAGAAAAGGAGUUUGUCUGAAAGCUGCUAACCAGGUCAACAGAGGCUGAACAGUGAGGAGACAUGGAAGCUGUGUUUGGACUGUUGCUGAUGCUGCUCAGAGUCUCUCAUGGUGUGGAAACCUCCUGUGAUGGCAGACAGGAUGGAGCUCAGUGUUAUGGAGCUUUGGGAGGAACUGUGGUCCUCCAGCUGAUGGACAGCGCCUCAGAAAUAUUUAGAUAUGAAUGGAGCAAGAACAACAAAACAGCAAUACUCCAGGGAGGAAAGAACAAAAAACUGAUUAACCAGAUAGAAAAGAGAUCCUCUUUUAGUGAUGGAACAUUUAGGAUCAAUAGCCUGAGCAGGACUGACAGUGGUGAAUAUACCCUCCAAACAUAUGAUUCAAGUGGACAGAGAUCAGAGCAACGGACUCUACAGUUGUUCAUUCAAGGUGUGGAAGCCUACUGUGAUGGCAGACAGGAUGGAGCUCAGUGUUAUGGAGCUUUGGGAGGAACUGUGGUCCUCCAGCUGAUGGACAGCACCUCAGAAAUAUUUAGAUAUGAAUGGAAGAAGAACAAAAUAAUAACAAUACUCAGGGGAAAAAAGAAUAACAUUGUGUUUAAUGUGAUAGACGACAGGUCCUUCUUUACUCCCAGUGAUGGAACAUUUAGGAUCAAUAACCUGAGCAGGACUGACAGUGGUGAAUAUACCCUCCAAACAUAUGAUUCAAGUGGACAGAGAUCAGAGCAACGGACUCUACAGUUGUUCAUUCAAGCUCCUGUGUCCUCUGUCCUGCUGGUCUCUGAGUGUCUGUCCCAGGGAUGGACGAGGGUGUCCUGUUCCUCUGAGGGAGGGGACAGUCCUCAGUACAGCUGGACUCUGGAUGGACACACACUGACAGAUGCUGAGCUCCUCUCUGGAAAUCAUGAGACUAACAACAUCAUUCUGAAACAAGACGUCUCAGGACGUCUGGUCUGUUCAGUCAGGAAUCACAUCAGUAGUGUCUCCAGAGAAGAAAAUAUAUCUACCUGUAAAGGUGUGGAAACCUCCUGUGAUGGCAGACAGGAUGGAGCUCAGUGUUAUGGAGCUUUGGGAGGAACUGUGGUCCUCCAGCUGAUGGACAGCACCUCAGAAAUAUUUAGAUAUGAAUGGAGCAAGAACAACAAAACAGCAAUACUCCAGGGAGGAAAGAACAAAAAACUGAUUAACCAGAUAGAAAACAGAUCCUCUUUUAGUGAUGGAACAUUUAGGAUCAAUAACCUGAGCAGGAAUGACAGUGGUGAAUAUACCCUCCAAACAUAUGAUUCAAGUGGACAGAGAUCAGAGCAGCGGACUCUACAGUUGUUCAUUCAAGGUGUGGAAGCCUACUGUGAUGGCAGACAGGAUGGAGCUCAGUGUUAUGGAGCUUUGGGAGGAACUGUGGUCCUCCAGCUGAUGGACAGCGCCUCAGAAAUAUUUAAAUAUGAAUGGAAGAAGAACAAAACAACAACAAUAUUUUGGGGAAAAAAGACAAUUGUGACUAAUAAUAUAGCAAACAGAUCCCUCUUUACUCCCAGUGAUGGAACAUUUAGGAUCAAUAACCUGAGCAGGACUGACAGUGGUGAAUAUACCCUCCAAACAUAUGAUUCAAGUGGACAGAGAUCAGAGCAACGGACUCUACAGUUGUUCAUUCAAGGUGUGGAAACCUACUGUGAUGGCAGACAGGAUGGAGCUCAGUGUUAUGGAGCUUUGGGAGGAACUGUGGUCCUCCAGCUGAUGGACAGCGCCUCAGAAAUAUUUAGAUAUGAAUGGAAGAAGAACAACAAAACAGCAAUACUCCAGGGAGGAAAGAACAAAAAACUGAUUAACCAGAUAGAAAACAGAUCAUCUUUUAGUGAUGGAACAUUUAGGAUCAAUAACCUGAGCAGGAAUAACAGUGGUGAAUAUACCCUCCAAACAUAUGAUUCAAAUGGAAAGAAAUCAGAGCCACAGACUCUACAGUUGUUCAUUCAAGCUCCUGUGUCCUCUGUCCUGCUGGUCUCUGAGUGUCUGUCCCAGGGAUGGACGAGGGUGUCCUGUUCCUCUGAGGGAGGGGACAGUCCUCAGUACAGCUGGACUCUGGAUGGACACACACUGACAGAUGCUGAGCUCCUCUCUGGAAAUCAUGAGACUAACAACAUCAUUCUGAAACAAGACGUCUCAGGACGUCUGGUCUGUUCAGUCAGGAAUCACGUCAGUAGUGUCUCCAGAGAAGAGAGGAUCUCAUGUAUCUUCAUCAACUGCACCUUAUCCAAUGGGACACACAUAUCACAGUGGGUGUCUGCUGCCACUAACACACUGUGUAUCGAGCUGACAACAGCCCCUACCACGGAGACUUCCACUGUGGGUAAGGAGACUGUCAACACAGUGACAAUUACUAAUGUCACAUCCUCCAAUCAAACUGUGACUUCCUCCAUCAGUGAUGACCCAUGGUACUUUAGAAAAAACAAUGUGGUAGCGAUAGCCGGUGUACUCUUAGCACUGGUAAUACUCGUACUGGUCGGGGUGGCUGUCAUCUGUAGUCAGAAGAAACAGAAAAAUGACAAACCUAAGGAGGAGACAGAUGAGCAGGAAUUAACCUAUGCAGACGUCAGGUUCAUGCAGCGGCAGGGGCAGCAGGUGCAGAAGAGGGCAGAGGUGGAGGUGGAGUACGGCCAGGUCAAGUUUCCGCAGCGACCUCGGCAGUCUGUUGAACGAGCAGGAGACGACUGCUUGUACGCCCAGGUCCAUAAAGACAGGUGAUCUGAAGUGUUCAGUAUUCUUACAAAGACUGCACCACUUAAGGCAGAUAGAGGGAAGGAGGUGUUCGUCUAAAUGCCCCCGAGGACUUUCACUUUAAUUUAAUGUGAAAUACAGUGCACAAAAGCUCAUACAUAUUGUGGUUUCUGUACUUUUACUGUACUUCUUGGUUGUGACAGGGCAUCAAAUCAUCCAGUGUUAUGCCACAUUUUGGCUUAACGUUUCCAACUCAGCCCAAGAAAAUUACAAUGGCACAUUUAAAUCACAUUGUGAAUGGCUGUGGUGGAUUAUUUAACAUUUUCUUGCAAAAAAAAAAAAAAAAAAAAAAAAAAAAAAAGAUUUGUCUAUCUUAACAGCACAUUUUUGUUUUUAAUUUUCCUUUAAUUUAUAAGCAGCAGUGUCACUUAACUGUAAAUUUGCCACAAAGAUGAUCCAAAUUCUAAGGAUAGCAAUGUCAUUGCAGUCAGUCUAGCUUUAGUACCCUGCAGUAAUCUAUGGUCCUCUGAAUAAGUGUCACCAGUACUUUUAUGCUGGUCUGCUGAUCUCAAAUGGCAACUUUUAACUUAACGUCAAAGUAAAAAAGUUAUCACUAACUUAAAUGAAAUUGUGUUAAUUAAACAAAUAAGCAGGGGUUAGUUGAGGGUCAGAGUGUAUAAAAUAAACUCAGGUACAGUGUGCAUUGCAAAAAUAGAUUUAUUCAUGGGUUUGGUGUAUGAGUGUGUGUGUGUGCGUGUGUGUGUGUGUGUGCGUGUGCGUGUGCGUGUGCGUGUGUGUGGGAGUUAAUGUCAAACUCCACCAUCUUCCUCUCUAGGCUAGAGAUUCAUUUGUAUAGAAAUGUCUUGUCUCUCGGGAAAUUCAUUGUAAGCAAGUACUUGUUUCCAUGGUGUAAGCACUUCUGCUUUUUCUUAGGCUUGAGCUCGGUCUUACAAAAUAGUUACAUGGUGUGAUAUUUAAGAAACCUGGUUACAGGGUGUUCAAACCAUUUGUAAGACGAGUUAAAUCUGAUAUCCCUUUAAUGCAAUGAUAAUUUUGAGUGGAUUGUGUAAUUUGAAUCAUGUUACAUAAAGUCAGAAUUAGACUAAAAGUUAGUUCAUGUUUGUGUUUUGAUAGAUGCAGACAUAAAUAACAUACAAUUUUUAAUAACCAAUUUAAUUACAUCUCAGAAUUGCCUGUAACUACAAUAUAUGCAGUUGCCUCUGAAAUUUGAAAUGGUAACACUUAUAGUCACUUCUUACUAAACCGAGUAAACUCAAGUUGUUGGAUGUAUACUAUGUGUUGUUCGAGAGGAAAUGGACUUAACAACUUGUCAGAUUCUGAGGGCACAAGAUGUGUGUAUCACACCACCAUCAAGUUACGUUUGCUAUAUUUAGUUCAAUGUGUUUCCUUUGCCUUUGUGGCUUCCAGUUUAGAAUGUGCGUGACAGAGCAUAAAUAGAGAUAUCAGAGUUUGUCAACCGUAGCAACACUCAACUUUAAUAACUCAGAUUUUGGUUUAUUUAUGCUCCAACUUUAAAGUUUGGAGGAGAAACACUGUGGUUAUUUACAUUAUGCAAAUUAUUUGGGAUUAGUAGAAAAUCAGUUCAGAGCAAACUAUCAGUUAAAUUGAACUGCAUGCAACUGAGGACUUGAUCAAGUAGAUCAAUGUGUAAUUUAUAGCCACUUUUAAUAGUUGCAUUGUGCAGUUGAACAAGGGAUAGACAGUAAAAUGCAGAGCACAUUCACUAGCAGGAUAUAUGCUCAUACAGGAGAAUUUCCUUAAGCUACCAGUAACUCCUCUGCAAGAUUCAAGAUUCACAGGUUUUAUUGUUUGAACAUGUGACAAAUGAAAAACUUUGAACCAUGAAUGUGCAGAGGUUGAUCACUACAUUCUCUUCAGCAUAACUCUCUGUCUGAAAGCAGUGCUUUAGUCACAUAAAACAGCUCAGUACCACAUUUUAACCUCUUGAAGUCAGUCAGACUUAGAUGGUAAUGCACAAGAGAUUUUAAGUUUUAAAAUAUUUUGGAAUGAAAUUGACUUAUUGACUCUUAGGUUACAGGAGGAUGUACAAAGCUUGUUCUGGAGACAACAACUUGUAUAGUGUCAAAGCUGUAAAUGGAUGCAGGUCAAAGCUAAAUAUGAUCCUCUGCCAGCAGUCUUUUGGUGUGGGUGUGGACCUGGUCAGGCGGGUCAAACCCUCAAUUCACAGUUGGUUUUCUCUGUUCAGUUACACCCUCCUAAACUCUGAACUCUACAAGUAUAUUCACAUGAAAGACAGCGUGACUUAGGCUGGUUGCACUAAAUAUUCUAAAUUAGUUUGGUGAACUUUAGUUCUGUUUAUUUCAGUUCCUCUCUGUUGCAUACUACUUUAGCUGCAAAUGUUUUGCAAAUUCUUGCAAUGCAUGCAUGCAUACAUACAUAUAUGUAUGAAUGUGUGUGUGUGUGUGUGUGUGUGUGUGUGUUCAUGUGUGUGUAAAUGUACACAUUCAAUUACUUUUUUUUAAGUUAUGUUAACACAUGGCUUUAAUUAAAGACAGAGGUUGCAUGUUUGAUUUGGUUUGAUAGUUUGAGGUUAAAGGUUGACAGCAUUGGACUACUAUUCAGCUGAUUCACAAAGCCAUAAAAUUGGUGUUUAUGGUCCAGGAUAGUUGUAGUGUCCUUAAACAACCAUCUCAGAUCCCUUCUUAGUUGAACCCUCUUGUUGAAACACAGUUGAACUUCUGACUGACAUAAUCUACUGAGCAAAUAAUUGACAACACUGGAGAAGUGUAAUAAACCUGCUCCAACAAUCCAGUAUCCUUUUGCCAUCUGAUAAGACAGCCUGUUCAACAUAAUAUCUGUAUGGGUAACAACUUGUUGAGUAUUGUUUCAACUGUUAACCUUGUUAUUUGUGCAUGACACAGUAAACCCAGAUAAAUUAAGCUGUUGCAUAUGAACUCUUGAUAGAUUUGGUUGAACCACAAUCAAACAUUAAUUUUUUUCCUCAUAAAAAGCAGAUGAUUUUUUUUUUUUUUUUGCGUUGUCGUGACACUUUCAUGUGAUGUUACCUUGCCAUGCCAAAGCCAUUAAACUAUAAAACCAGA